AUGGAGACGACUCUGACUCUCCCAAUACCGAUAUCAUCCCCUUCUCCAUCUCCCUUGCAACCACCACCGCCGCCCACCAACCUCCGCCAUCCCCACCGCCGGCGGCGGAAUGUCCCUAGACCAGUUAAUUUUCCCAUGCCCGUAAUCGAUCUCGCCCUCCGACGCAGCUCCGCAAAAGCUCCAUUUGAACUCAGAUUCAAAAUUCCCCAAUUUCCAAUCAACAAUCACAUAAGAAGCUUGAUUCCCCCCAAUAGUAUGGCCGAUCUGGUACCAAAUAACACGAAAUCGCAAACGACGGCGGCGGCGGCGGCGGCGAACGUCGGCGAGAGCAGAGUUGAAGAGAAGACGGGAUCGGAAAAGCCGGCGGCAACACCCGUUCCGCCGCCGCCGGAGAAGCCGCUGCCGGGGGAUUGCUGCGGCAGCGGAUGCGUGAGGUGCGUUUGGGACGUGUACUACGAGGAACUCGAGGAAUACAACAAGCUCUACAAGGCAAAUUAA